GUUCUACGGUGGAACCCGGUGGGUUAAUGUAAACGUAUCGAAAUGCAAUAAUUGCGUUACAUAGAGUGCAUAAACAUGUAUGUGUACAAAACUUUCAAGUGUGAUUUUUUUCAGUUCUGAAUGAGUAGUUUUAUUAGUUAACGUUUUACAUUCACUCAACAACGAAUAGUCAGAAUAUACAAGAGAAAUACUGAUUCUCCUGUAAUCAAUGAACAACGAGCUCACCAUUUCACGUGAUAUAUUUGUCCAGUCACAUACCGAGCUUUUCCUUGCUACAAAUACCACUCUGUCCCUGAUAGACUUGCCUAGAAUAUGGACAGAAGAAGCAAUAUUAGUGUGAUGACUGUGCUACCUCUGUCUCAGCCACGAUGCAAGCAGUGGCAGGAGUGUGGCUGUAUUUGUGACAGUUGUGUAAAUAACAACAGUCUACACCUGCACCAAGAAAUAGAACAGUUGAAAUGCCAGCUUCUUGAGAGAGAGUACCACAUUGUUCAAAUGGACACUAGUGUUAUCAACCAUGCUCAACAAUUUCCUAAUGGAGAGUGGGAAGCCCUUCGGCAGGAACUUCUCUUGUGGCAAGAAAAAUACCAAAGGUUACAUGAAAGCCAUAAGAAACUUCAAAAAGUAAACCAAGGACUUGAAGACAAACUUUUAAAAAUUGUGGACAAGUAUGAAACAGAGAAGGCUGCUUUAACAAGAGAUCUUUCUGACAUGACAACAAAAUUAGUUGAAGCUCGAUUCACUAUUACUGAGCUAGAAGAAGAAAAUGACCAGUAUAGGAAUGACUGUAACACUGCUGUGCAACUCCUUCAGUGUAAACCUUCAAACUUUGUUUCUCACAAGUACAGCUCAAUUCCUUUAGAUCUACAAGAACGGGUAAAAUCUCAUUUAAGUCAUAGAAUGAAGAGAGAAAUACAGAAUAAUAAUCCAGAAGUUCGAACAAUUCGUGUGCCUAUUCCAACUUUUCCACCAACAGCCAUGGUGUAUUCAGUAAAUAAAAUUCCAGAUAAUGGGACUGUAAAGCAAAAGGAAACUACACUAGGGAUCUCGGAGAGCUCUCCAGACUAUGUAUCAGCAGCAAUAAUGGCUAAAGUUUUAGAAGAGAGGGCCAAAGAAAGGAAUGCCAAAAAACAGUUUAUUUGUAUGGCAUGUAAAUUUAAAAAACAAUGUGUAUAUUACCAGGAUAAAGAAACCCAAACUAAAUGGCCGUCCACAUUUGUUUCAUGUUUGUCUUGUGGGAACCAGCCCAUUGAUGUUCACUCCCGGGUAAGAAGAGGGUCUUCCUCAGGCACAGAUUCCCAGUGGCAUCAAUCCCGUACCAGUUCUGUAGGUGGUACUGAGACUAUAAUAUAGGUGAUGUAGUUCCUCAUCAUACAGGCCAAAAUAAAGUAACAAGAAUUGGAUGCAUUGCAUGUUUCAUACAGGUUUGUUUUACGUGACUGUGAAAGUUUCCACAAUGGAGCCUUGGUAAAAGGAGUUUGUUAUAAUAUCUUCACCUAACCAUGAUCAUUAGUGUAAUGGAAACUGUUCAUCUGAUACAUUGUUUUGGCCCAUCCUGUAGUUCAUGGUGUUUGUUAGGAAUCACAUUUUGUAACAUGUGCCUAAAUUCUACUCUUGUGUAAAAAUCAUGGUAAGUCUUCACUGAGUACCAUACAAAAUAGGCAAAAGAAACUUAAUUUAGGCAAAUUCCAGGAUAAUGAACGUUAUUUUUAGAAAAGUUUUGAUGUAUUUGUGUAUCAUACUGAAGCCAUACUCUAUUCCCGUAUGUAAGGUUAUUAGUCCUUGGACUUUCAGUGAAGCCUGUAUACAUGAUGAACUACAUUAUGCAUUUAUUUUAUAAUGUGACUUUAAAAAUGGUUUAUAUUUAACAUUUCUGUAUAUAAUGAGGUUCAAAUGAACAGUGAAGCUAUUAUGGUCUAUAUAAUUCUUUGCAAAAACUGGACAAACUACUGUGUUCUGAUUGUUUGCCCAACAGUUUGGUGAAAACAAUUGCUUGAAUAUUAUUCUUUUUUGAUUUAAAUUACAUUACUAAAUUUUUUUUUACCAAAAAAUUCAAAAUUUUUUAAUUUCAUAACAUUCUCCUGAAGUAUUGUUAAACAAUAGUUUUUGUUUGCAUUUUAAACCAAGUAGGCAAAAAAGAUGUUUAAAUUGGUAAAGAGUAUAAUAUAUUUAAUACCUAUUGUUAAAUUAAUAUCUUGAAGAAUGUUGGAACAUUUAUGUGGACAUUCAUUUUACUGAAAGGAAAUAUAAUAAUGCAUAAACUUAAAUGCCAUUAAAAUUUUAUGCACAUACAAGUAAUUCUAAUACUUAUUUACUACAAUGUGUGUCAGUAAAUGAUGUUUCAGUUAUCAUGUUACACAUUUUAACGUAUCUUAUGGAUAAUGUGAAAUUACAGUAUUUUUUAGAAAAUGCUAAUCAAACAUAUGUCUGUUUAUAGAGAUUAAGGUAGAUCUCAAAUAUAUUCAAAUUAUGUACUGAUCAUACUUAAUAUCAAUAUAUUUGUGCAGUUUAGGCAGUACUGUCACUGCCUUUAGUGCCUAAAUCAUUUAGACUACAUUAAUCCUUUCACUGUAACAGCAGUAUGUAUUCCUUACAUGGAACUUUUUUCCCCUAUUUUUAUUUUGUUAUAAUGUUACCAUUUAGGCUAUUUACUUUCAAAGCCACUAUAACAAGUUUAUGAAGUCAUAGUAGAAUCUUUUGUUUUGUGACCUCCUAUUCAUUCAUUAGAACACUCAAAAAUCCCCCCCCCCCAGGUCCCAAUAUUUCCCUAUCUGCACCAGCAAUAAUUCCAUAUGUUUCAUCAUCUGGUAUUCAUAACUUACUUAGGAUAAAUCUUGCUUUUAUUUUUAUAGGAAAAUAGGGAAGGAAGCCUCUUGUAAGAGCAUAGUUGGUCUUGCUUUUAUCUUUUGAGACAACAGGAAUGAAAACAUCUUGUACAAGUGAAAACAUAGUUUAUCUUAUUCUUUUAUUUUUUGGUUUAUCAUGAUUAAAAAGUGAUAAUCUGUAAAAGUAAAUUAGUAAAUGUAGGAGAAACUCCAGGAUUUAUCCCAAACUUCUGUGAAAGUAUGUUAUUCUGCUAAAGAUAUGUACUAGUCAUAAAACAUAUAACCAGUAGAAAACUUUGAGAUUUCCCUGGGAUACAUUAUAUGCAUAGCCAAGGCAAUUAUAUCUUGAUGGGAAUAUAAGGAAAGGAAAGUUAGUGUUUGGUGUAUAUUCUUCAGCAUAGUGUAGCAAAAGGGUUAAUAUCUUAUAGUUUAUGAUGGGAUUUGAAAACUUUCAACUUUUUUAUUAUGAAUGUUGUAAUAAAUAUUAGUAUAUUCCACCAUUUAAUGUGGUAAACUUUUGUAAUAUAAAAUUCUAUUUAGAUGAUAGAAUUUAUGCAUUACGUAGUUGUGUACUGAACAUAACUUCAAUUAAUUGUGCUUCUGAUGGAGAUAUGCAUAUUGACUGUAUGUUUUCGACUUUGAUUAGUAGCCAGUUUCCUAAUUCUGCAGUUGUUGCAGAACACCUCACUUUACAAUCCAUUUUUUGUAUAUACAAAGCCUAUGUAUUAAUUUCAUGUAUUGUGAAUUAUUGUACAUAAUACUUUCUGUAUUAAAAGACAAAACAAGAAUGUUCUGUCACACUAAAAACAUUGUAAUUUCAACACUUAAAAAAACUAGUUGUUUGAACUAUUUGACUUACUGUUUUUUUAGGGCUUGGCAUAGCCUAGUGGUUAGCAUUCUGGGUUGUGGAUUGAAGGGUCUAGGGUUUGACAUAUUAUCCAAAUGAACAUGCUCUGCUCUUUCAACUGUGUCAGUUCCAUUUCUUAGUUUCAAGAGCCAGAUAAAGCCAUUGUGGUAUCAUGCUGCUGAGUAGCUCAAAAUUAGGAACAGUCAUAUCUGAAUCCUAGGGUGCACAUAAGGUGCUGUUCAGGUUGAAAAUUGUAUUUCUCAUAUUUUAGAACGUAAUUCUAGCUGUCAAGUAAACCAUCAUGGAGUUGUAUGCUUUAAAAUCUGUUGUAAAAAAUUAUUUAACUUCGAAGAUAAUCUUCAUGCAAAGACAAUAUUUAUAAGAACUCAACAUGUUAAAAUCUCUUAUUUUGAUAAAUAACAGGAAUAAUGAGAAAGACUUUAUCAAGUGAAAUAUAACUUUCAGUUAUAGAUUCUUUGUAUUCUACUUUAGUGUAACUUACAUUAAGUUUCCUGUACAUCAGUGUAAGGUGAUUCUACCAUAGAUUAUAUAUAUAUAGUUUUAUCUAAUAAUAAAUACUAUUGUUUUGCAAGUUUUAAUUUGUAAACAAAAAUUUGAUGCUUCAAUUAUGAAUAUUCAAAUAUAUAAGACCAUAGUAACUUAUGUAUGGUAACUACUGACUUACUAAAAGUGUAUUGCUGCUUCAAAGAUUAUAUUUAAAAUUAUUAGGUAGAGACUGAUAUGAAUAAUGAUGUUUCAUAUUUCGCAUGAUAUUGUUAGUAAUCUGUAGAUAAAAUACAGAAGAAUGUAUUAUAAAAUUCUCACAAAGAUUAUGAUCCAAACAAAACCACAAAUAUUGUUCACGUUAUCAAAAUAAACAGCAAAUUACAAAAGCACAUUGUAAAAACAUGUUAUAAAAUUAACACUAUUCACCUGGUAUCAUCUCAUGCAUACUUUUGUUGGUGUAAUAACAUUUCUACUUGAAGAUUUCAGAUUAUAAGGUUUAUACUGUUACUCUUGUUGGAAGAUUUAAAACUACCAAAUUAUCUUUAACUCUCCAAAUUUUAAUUCAAACAGUUUCAACAUAAAUUACCAGUGGCCAUAAGACAAGUUUUUGUUUUGUUAAAUGUUUAGUUAUUUGAUUCUUUGGAAUAUAAUUAAAAAGGUACCUUUAUGUAUGAUUUGAAAUACUGUAAUGUGGUAUUUUGUAGGAUCAUGAGGAUUAUUGAAAACGUGUAUACUUGAUUAUUUUAGUUAAUAAUAUUAUAAAAGUGUCUACAAAUAUGAAGAAGUUACAAAAAAAAAAUUCAAGACAGGUUAUCAAUACAUCACAACUGUUUAGUGCCCAUAAAACUUGAGUUUUAAUAUCUAACUUAAAAUGGAAGCUUCAGAAAUGUUCAGAUGCUUUGAGGGGUAUUAACACUUACAACAGUGAAAUAAAUGUACAAUCAGCUUUGGUACCCUGAAAUUUAUUUUUGGGCUACUGCUUGAGAAAAUGUUUUGUAGCUGAAUAAGGCUUGGUAUGCAAAAUGUAUCUGGUGUAAUGUGCUUCCAACUUACGCUAAUAAAUGUUACAUGUUA